GAUGUGCGGACUCGAAAGACGCGCUCGGAGAUUUCUUGGUUAUUAGCCUGGCUCGGCUCGGGACGCCUGCUUCGUACCUGCGAGCAAUGACGAAAGAGCGUCCCGCGUGAUCGCGUACUUUUGACCCCCAGCCCGAUUUCUUCAACAAUUCCAUCUGCAUCUCCCAAUCACGCAUAUCACGCCUCAAUGCACGGGAGAACUCGAUCUGCUACGCCUACCUCGACCAGGUAGACGCACCUGCUCCAGAAGCUCGACAGCUCUCCCGCAACCCCACCAUGGGUGGUACGCGGCCCGCCAUCGACCCACGGCGGAAGUCGUCGACACUACACUAUCAGACAUUCCCUACGAAACCGCCGACCUCGCGCGGCCGCCCGCUUUCUUCCUCUCCGCCCGCCCAUCACGGCUCCGAUUCCGACCACCACAACCAUGAGACGCCGCUACCGAAGCGGCAGCUCGCCAUUCUGGCGGUUAUUGCUCUCGCCGAGCAGACAGCGCUCAACUCCAUAAGCCCAUACCUGCCAGAAAUGACCAAGACCUUCCCCGAGGUCAAGGAGGGACAAGCGGGGCUGUACGUGGGCCUGAUCGCCUCGUCCUUUGCGCUCGCACAAUUCGCAACCAACUUCUUCUGGGGCUGGUUGUCAGAUAGAAUCGGAAGGAAGCCUGUCAUCAUAAUAGGCACCUUUUUGACAAUGGCUGCCUUCCUGUUCUUUGGCUUCUGCCGCACGCUGUGGCAGGCUAUCCUGGUGCAGGUCUUCAUGGGCCUCGUCAACGGCAACGCAGGCGUCGUGUCGACGUGUCUGGGCGAGAUCACUGACCGAAGCAACCAGUCGAGAGCCUUUACCUACCUUCCCGUAGUAUACGGCAUUGGCGGCAUCACGGGACCGAUUGUGGGUGGCGUCCUCGUGUUCUACAACAAUCCAUUCCACAAAGAUAGACCGAACCCAUAUCCGUACCUCGUUCCGAACCUCUUCUCCGCCGCUGUCCUCGCGAUAGACUUGGUGGUCUGCAUGCUGUUGCUGGAAGAGAGUCUGCAAGAAGCUAGAAGCCUUCCGCCAUUGGGAAAGAGAGUGGAGAACCUGUUCGUGUGGCUCUGGCAGUUCACGAGCUCGACACGACCUACAUACAUAAAGCGGAUAUUAGGUAAACAUAAACACCACCAUCGCCAUCACCACCAUCAUCACAGUCACCUAGAUGGGGUACGGGAGGAGGACGAGGAAGAGGACGAGGCUCUCGAUGAAGAAUCCGAGGGCACUACCGAUUCCGCACCAAUAUUGUUCCCCAAUGCUUCUGGCGAGCAGCUCACGAAGAGCGAGGUGUUCAACCGCGACACCAUUCUUCUACUAGUCACUUAUUUCAUUUUCCAGCUCGCCAAUAUUUCGUAUAAUUCGCUAUACCCUGUCUUUGCAGAAGAGCAACCACCGACAGGACGUGAUCUGAAACCUGAAGCUGUGGGGCUAUCGCUCGCGUUUGCAGGCCUCAUCACCAUUCUUUUCCAGAUUGGCAUCUAUGGGAAGGUCAGGGAGAAGAUUGGCAAUAAAGUUACAUACCGUGUCAGUUUAGCGGCUUUUGUCGCUGCGUUCCUUCUCAUGCCGUGGGUUGGCUACAAGGACAGCACCCCUUUCAAAGGCAUCGGAACUGGACCCGGCUGGCUAUGGACUGAGCUUGGUGUGGUACUGGUCAUCAAGACCGUCGCCAGCGUUGGUGGUCUGACAUCCGCGCUACUCCUGGUCACAAAUUCGGCUCCAAACCACAACGUCCUGGGCACCCUUAACGGGCUGGCUCAGACCCUUUCAGCCGCGGGUCGUGCUGCAGGCCCGUUCGUGUCUGGCUCUCUUUUCACAGCGGCUACCAAAAUCAGGCCGAAAGGCGAGGCACUAGCUUUUGGUAUAUUCGCAGGGGUGUCGUUCGUCGGUUUUCUGUUGAGUUUCGGUAUUCAAGGAGAGGGUUUGGAAGCCGAAGGAUGGAGCGAUGAGAGCGAAGAAGACGAUGAAGAGGAGGAAGUUGGAGCCGACAAUCAGGGCCGUGGGGCGAAUGAGCGUUCCGGCUUGCUUCGUAAAUAGAGAACAUUGAGUGAUGGACGGGGAUGACUUCUUAUGUUUGUAUGAUCGAGCGCGGCGUUUUGGGUCUGGUUACUUCCUAGGACAUCGCAGGAGAGAAACCUGUGUA